CCAUUGGAAGGAGAUAAGAUGAAAUAUGAUAUGUUAUCAAUACACUUUGAUCCAUUGAUGGCAUUGUCCAAUCCACAUUAUGUCACAUUGCCAUAUCCCAAGGCAAUGCCACUUGACAAUCUACACAAGGCAAGAGUAUUGCUACCUCCAAACGAUCCAAACUACCUGUCGAUCAGGCCAAAUCAAACAAAGCCACAACCACAUAAGCAGUCCACUACUGCUGCUGCUGCUGUUACGCCUGCUCCUCCUGUGACUCAGCCACAGCCACAGUCACAAACACAGCCACAGCCACAGACAUCUCAGCCUCCACAACCACAACUACAGACACAGACACAGCUACAGCCACAGACACAGAGGUCAACUACAAAUACGAUGGCGACAGUAACAACAACAACAACUACACCGACAGCGACAACGACAACGACGACGACAAUGACAAAGGCAAAGGAGAGCCAUAAGGUGUUUGAUAAUAUUGCAGUCAAGUUCACAGAUGGUCCGUUGAGUCUUCUCAGAAGAGCUCUGCAGGAGAGGAAACAGAUCAGAGUGGUCAUUCGUGGUCUAAGAAGUAUUAGAGGACAUUGUAUCGGUUACCUGUUAGGCUUUGACAAACACUUCAAUGUGAUCCUACGUGAUGUUGAAGAAGAAAUCAUUCGAAGUGUACCAGUAGCAGCAGCAACAACAUCAGUGACAGAUGAUAGUGGCGGCGAGUCAUCCAACUCCAAUACAUCCAGCAAACGUCAACUGAUACGUGACAAGAGAUACUAUGGCCAACUGUUCAUCAAAGGUGACACUAUUGUAUCGAUACACAGUUAUCCUGUGUUGCAGCCMAUCGUCAGG